AUGGAUGGCCGCUGGCAGGUAGUGAAGCAUGUUCCAAAAGAGCAGAAGAGUGUGCUUCAAAUCUCAGGAAAUCAAUCUACCACAACUACCGGUAUGCAACGCAUCUGGCCCUGUCGUCAAUUGCACGGGCUUCACCCAGGUCGCCGAGCCUCGUUGCGUGCCGCUGGCAUGGGACAUUCCAAGAUCCGAUUUAGUGGAAUACCGAAACAGAACGAAAGUAUCGGUCUUGCUAGGUCUGAUGCUCUCUUGUCCUGUGUAGUCCUCGCAACGGCCCAAGCGCCACGCAUGAUGGUCAUCUCCAAAGUCACAGACUAUUCUAAGCACGUUGCCUGCUUUGGCUGCACCAAGUUCCCUGUCCCUGUAUUCCCCCAAGGCGUCAGCUUGAUGCCUGCGCCGGCGAAUGUAGCCUGCCAACGCCUGCAUAUUGCUCCUUGCCCAUUGGUAGCAUUCCACGACCGCUGCCAAAACAUCAUGUUUCAAGCAACCCCUCAAACAUAUGCGCCUCAUCAUUCGCCAUCCCCGCCAACGGACAAUAUGCUUGCGGUUCCUGAGUCUACCAUCAUGGUCACUGGCCGAAACGGAGAGUCGAAACCUCGGAAAAUGAGAGCCUCAUGUGACGCUUGCUCGCGUGCAAAGGUCAAGUGUGAUAAACUUAGGCCGAUAUGCCACCGCUGCAAUAACAUGAACAUUUGCUGCAACUAUUCUCCCUCCAUGAGGUUAGGAAAGCCGCGGAAAAAUAGGAAUCCUGACGGAACUGUUAUUCGCGAUGUGUCCCCAGUCGGCUCUUGUGGGCUACCAGGGAAAAGGCCAGGCAAGAUUGUGGGGACUAAUGUUUCCACUGCCGAAAGCUCUCCCGAGCCAACGGACUCUUUCUACUUCUGCCCUGCCACUCCGGAGUUUCAUUACCAGGAUACUUUCAUGAACAGUGGAUUUAAUGGCGGCCAGUCUCCAGAAUACUCGGAUGGCUCACUAAUCAACGGUUGGUCGAAGGAAGAACAAGUGAUACUGGGGGCGCCGACAGACAUGUUCAUUCCCACGCAGCAGUUUGUGACAUCACAACCAUCCUAUGGCGGACACGUGCGGUCCGACAGUGUACAGAGUCACUCAGAGAUAUUUCCGCCCAUGGAAUCAUUGCAACCACCAUCCAUUGAUCCGGAUCAGUUCCUUGGUAUACAAGCACCAGUCCUCGCAUCUCGAGAUAAGAUGAUGCCAUGUCCCUCUCCCAUGGUCUGCGCACCACUCCCAACGCCUGCGUCUCCGCAUGAUUUCGUCAAUGCUCCAAUGCAUGAUUGCACCCAAUAUGCUCUUCAGACACUGAGCAGCUUAUAUGCGCCAUUGGACAUUCAGUCAUCUGCUAUGGAUUUUGGCUGCCACCCUGAUGGGCUGCGAACAUGGACCGAUAUCUUUUCGGUCACCAAAUCCGCCGUCGAAUCGGUCCACAACUUACUUGCGUGUCCUUGCUCAACGAAUCCUCACUAUCCAUCGACGUUAUCACUUGCUAUCCUGAAGAUCCUGUCCAUCUAUCAAGCCAUCACCGGAGUGGAUGAUCAGAACAACAGCCUUACAAAGAGUGCUCGAAGGGAGAACUACACCCAUACUUCCAAUCCUCUAGGCAUCUCCAUUGUCAGCCCUGCCGAUGAAAUGAAUUUGCGCACAAACAUGGUACUCUCGGAGCUCCGCAGGGUAGACAGACUCGUAGACAAGUUCAAUGAGCGCUACUGCAAGACCGCCAAUGUAGCAGAAAGUCAAAUGGACAGCGGCAUGUAUUUUGCCUUGAAGACUGAGCUUCGCACUCGAGUUCGCGAAACAUUCAAGAUCAUUAUGCGGACGGCUCCCGAGGAGAUCAAACGUCAGAUGGCAUUGCACAGUCAGAACCGUGCACGCGUCCAUACUAUGUAA